AUGUCCUCCACCUCGAACUCAUCAUCGCAACUCUCGACCAAAGGUAUCGACGAAACCAUGUCCGGCGAGAUUCAGUUCAAGGUGUAUGAGACAAGUGUCGAUCCAGCCCGGAUCCCAGGCCGGGCACCCACGGUCCUGCUGCUGGGGCCGUGGCAUGCUGGAACGCAGGGUCUGGCGCUCAACCUCUCGGAAGAAGGAUACCAAGCGGUGCUGGUCGACACCGCGCCCAACUCGGCCUCGCUCGAUGCGCUUCGACGUCGGCCAGCCACCCAACCGGAUACUCACGUUACGGACAACGACCUGCGCGACACCGACGGCUGGUCUGUGGCUGUCAACCUCAUCGCACUGGUCGAUGCGCACAUCCAAGGAGGCUGGAACAAAUACACUGGGUUGAUCACAUUCGGAAUGCAGCCGCAGGAUGCAGUCGUUGUAUCGGCGCUGCACACGGAGUCGUCCAAGCGCGGCGGGCUGUCGGCUUGCAUACUGUAUGGAUUGCUGCUGAAGACGAACCAGCUGCUCGAAGCCGCCAACCGUUCAGGAGAUGUCCCACUGCUCGUGCACGUACCAGAGUCGGACACGGAGCGGGUGGAUGCGCUCGUGGAAGCAGCCAAGCGCGGGGGUCUUCCACAGGACGCCUUGCCGUUCCAUCCCGAGCUCGCCGAGUUCAAGGCAUCCUUAGGCCCAGUGAAGCCAAAGACCGUUUCGAUCUUCACGUAUGCCUCGAUCGGCGUCAAUGAAGAUGCAGCGUUGUGGGGAUGUGCAUUUCCCUUCUCGCACCAUGCGAAGGAUUUCGCUUUUGCGAGACAGGUCAACGAGGCGCACAGGAGCGCAGCGGCCAUGAGCUACUCGCGCACCGUCGCGCUGCUCAAGUCCACCAUGGGCCCACGCUUCCCGCUCGAACAGCUCUGGGACCAACACACGUUCUUCGAAUUUGCCACCCGCGACUCUGCAAAGACCAUGUCGACCAUGGUCGCACAACCUUACGUCAACCAUGUCGCCUGCCUCACCGGUGGCGCGGGUUUCACCCAGCUCGCGCGCUUCUACGAGCACCACUUCACCUCGGUCUCCCCGCCUGAUACCCAACUCGUACCCAUCUCGCGCACCAUCGGCACGGAUCGCAUCAUCGACGAAAUGGUCUUCGAGUGCACACACACCACCACGAUCGACUACUUCCUCCCCGGCGUCCCCCCCACAGGCCGCAAGCUGCGCAUCCCCAUGGUCGGCAUCGUCAACCUGCGCGGCGACAAGCUCGCCUACGAAAGCCUCUACUGGGAUCAAGCAAACGCUUUGGUCCAACUCGGCCUGCUAGACCCCGUCAAGAGCUCGCUCCAACCGGGCACAGCGCUACCCAUUGCGGGCGACCAAGUCGCUCAGAAGAUCUUGCACCCAUACGGCGUACCGUCUAACGAGUUGAUGCCCAACUGGCCCGAGAGCGAAGGUAAAAGCAUCCCCGCCGUUGUAGCUCAGAAAGACACAUCAUCGUAG